UCCAAAAUAAAACCAGAGGAUGUCUACACCGGAAAAGCAGACGCAUAUUAUGAAAAACUUCGCGUGGAAAUAGCGAGAGAUGCUGAAAGGAUAUCCCGUUACCAAAUAGAAGAAGAUAUCCCCAGCAAAUCUUGUUUCGAAAAAGAAGACAUCUCCAACAAAUCUUAUUCCAAAAUAAAAACAGAAAGUACUUCUAAUAUCUUAAAUAAAUCAGAUAUAUCAGAAUCAGGGAGUGAUGUCUUUAAUACAGCAUCGGAAGUUCAGCUGAAUCCACCUUCAUAUAAUAAGUCAUAUUGCCGCUCAUACUUUAACUCGAGCACAGUUGAAUAUACCUGGGACAUGGAUCGUGUCAUUACUCAUCUUCAAAUUGCAAAACAAUUAUUUUCUGAAGAGUUUCCGGAAACAGCUCUAUAUAGAAUUAAACUAAGUAUUGAUAUUGAUACACAUGAUAAGUUAAACAACAAAGUAAAAUUUUAUUUACUUACUAAAGAAAAAUUUAUGGGUAUAUGCCAGAUUUCCCUUAUCUCUAAUUAUGCGGUAAAUUCUAACAAGGUAUAUCAUUGUUAUUCGUAUAAAGGUUCAAUGACAGAUAUGACAUUAUUAUGUGAACUUCCAAUUAAAUUGCUUGACACAGAAAUACUCUCUGAAGAAAAGAUCGUAAUCAAUUUCAAGUUCGAAAUUCUUCAUCAAUUUCAAAAUCAAAGUAUACACAUGAAUUUAACGACAAUAGAUACAAUAGUUCGCAAAAAUUUUAAUUUUAAUGAUAAAGAAUCGAUUACUUUUAUAGUAAAUAAAUCACGCUAUACUUUAUCCAAGAAUCGAUUACGUUGUAUCAGUAGUACGUAUUUUAACGAACUAUGCGAUAAGCUUGAAAAAAAUAAAACUAACGAAUUUGAGAUAAAAAUAAACGACAAAAAGUUUUCAUUGGCUUAUGAAGGAAUGUUAUUAUUCAUUUUAACUGAUUCAUUACCGACGUCGCUUGAUUACGAUAAGCUCAAAUAUAUACUAAUAACAGCUGAUAAAUAUAAAGUAAACCAACUUAAAUUAACAUGUGAACGCUACUUGUUACGUAUAAUUAAUAUUCAAAAUUCUGUCAAACUUAUAAUGCUUGCGUUUUCAUGUAAUGCAAAACUCUUAGAAGAAAAGGUAGCAACUUUUAUUAAGUUAUAUUUAAAGGAAGUAGCGCUUUAUAACAACUUUUCUCAUUUAUCACAAAAAGAUAGAAACAAAAUAUUUGAAUCAAUUAAUAAAAUUAAUAUACCUUGUAGAUCUCAACUUGUCAAGUUUGAUCAUCUUGAACUGUAAACUAAUAUGCAAUUUCUUAACAAUU